AUGUUGCGGUUGAGCUCCGUAUUGACAAUUCUGCCCCUGGCUGCAGCGCUGCUGCUUCUCUGCGCUCCCCGGACUGAGGCGUCGGUGCAUGAGUACGCCGGCGAGAAGUUCGUCGGGAAAGGAAACGCCUUCAUUGUUCACGGCGGAAGCGAGGGCAUUUACUCUUCCGCACCUGUGCUCAACGAGUCGUCCCCCGGAAACUCAUUUAUUCGAUUUGAAAAGAUCACAUUCCGGAGGCCUCUGGAGCUCUCUAACUUCAGCUCGGAACCGAUUCAUGCAGUCGUGUUCGAGGUUGACGACCGAGAAUUGAUUGGAGGCUCGGCAUAUGGAGGUCAACGAGCUGUAUGCUGCACAUCAGAUCUCGCGAAACUCGGAGUCUGCAAGCAAGGUGAGGUCAUCCACCGCCCAUCUCCCAACAAUCCAGGAUGGCCUCAAAUAUAUGGUGCCUCAUUUGAAAUUGACGCAUUGGAGACCACCCUGCCACCGAGGUCCAUACCGAUCACUAACACUGGAAUGUACAACCUUUACUUUAUUCACUGUGACCCUAGGCUAAAGAAGAUUUAUGUCGAGGGCAAAACUGUCUGGAAAAACGCAUCAGGUUACUUGCCUGGCCGGAUGGCUCCCUUCAUGAAAUUUUACGGGUUCAUGUCCCUUGCAUUUGUGCUGCUCGGGAUAUUCUGGUUUUCCCAGUACGCGAGGUUCUGGAAAGAGGUUCUUCCCCUGCAGAACUGUAUUACUCUCGUGAUUACUUUGGGUAUGUUUGAGAUGGCUUUUUGGUACUUUGACUAUGCUGAGUUCAAUGAGACUGGAGUCAGGCCGACAGGGACCACUCUAUGGGCAGUCACGUUUGGGACAGUGAAACGUACUGUGUCGCGACUGAUUAUUUUAAUUGUAUCUAUGGGUUAUGGUGUGGUUAGGCCCACGUUGGGUGGUCUUACGUCGAAGGUUGUUUUGCUUGGGGGGACAUUCUUUGUCGCGUCUGAAGUUCUUGAGAUAAUUGAAAAUGUUGGUGCAGUCAGUGAUCUCUCAGGAAAGGCAAGGUUGUUUUUUGUGCUUCCAGUGGCGAUUUUGGAUGCUUUUUUCAUUCUCUGGAUAUUUACGUCCCUCUCUUCAACUUUGAACAAGCUUCAGGCUAGGAGAAUGAUUGCCAAGUUAGAUAUCUACAGGAAGUUCACAAAUGCAUUAGUCGUUGCAGUUGUCGUGUCCAUUGGCUGGAUUUGCUAUGAGCUUUAUUUCAAGUCAAAUGAUGUGUACAAUGAGCAAUGGCAGAAUGCUUGGAUAAUUCCAGCCUUCUGGCAAGUCGUGUCGUUUUCUCUCUUGUGCGUCAUAUGUUCUCUUUGGGCCCCAUCGCAGAACUCAAUGCGAUAUGCUUACUCAUCUGAGGAUUCCGGUGAAGAGUUUGACAAGGAUGACACCUUGACACUCAUAAAACCAUCUCCAUUGGUCUCAAAGGAUGUGUGGAGUCCUGAACAAAGGUCAGCCGGGAGUGGCAAUGGUGUACCUCAUACUGACCUCGAACAAGAAAAAACGGCAUAA